AUGGACGCUUCAGAUUGGAUAAAGGGAAUCUUCUUCUCGGUGAUGGCAUCCUUUAUUGGGGCAGCGUCGAAAUUGGCCAUUCGCAAGUCUUGGCUGAUAGAAGAAGAUGCUCAACAAGCAAGUAGUUAUCAAGGGCCAAUUUUGGAAUACAUCAAUCCCAGUAAUGACCAAACAGGCAGCAGUGUUGAUGAUGGAUUGAUCAUUGGGAAUAAUCCCAAUGAAGCACUUCUGCGGGGCUCAGAAGAUGAGGAUAUUGGGCCAUGUCUGGAGUGUCCUGAGAGGCACACUCGUGUUUCUACUAGGGAAGGUGACGACACAAUCCCUUUGUUGGGUGAAUCCACGCCUCUCUUGUCUCGCACUAACUGCAGGAAAUGCUGCUGUUGCACCCGCUCGAUGUUUGGAUGCUGUUAUUGCUGUUCAUUGGCCAGGUUCCUUCGCUUUUGUGGAAUGAUGGGCAUGACAUUUGUGAAUCCUGCCUUUUCUUUGCUGGCCAUGAAGUAUGCCACUCCCAGCAUCCUAGCACCCUUCUCUGGCCUUACUUUGGUUUGGGUAAUUGUCUUUAGCCAACCACUUGUGGGAGAGGUGCCAAGCCUGGAACAAAAGAUAGCUUCAGCGCUAAUUGUGAUGGGAGAAGUUACAGUGGCAGUCUUUGGGGAUCACACCAACGAGGAUGAUGCCACAUGUGCCUCGGUCAAGGCAUCGUAUGGAGAAGGGCCGUUUGUGGCCUACUUUUUGGGUUUGGCAGUGUAUAUGGCUCUCAUCACAAUUUGGAUUAGGAACUGUCCUGCCAUGCCUACCCUCCGCCAGUUUGCCUGGGGGACAAGUGGCGGUGCCCUUACUGGACUAGCACAGUGCUUCAUCAAAGAUAGUUUGGUCAUUGUUUCAGCCUGCAAGGGAUCCUCCUCUUCAACUCUUUGGAUCUUGCCCUUUUUCAUUUUCCUUGCCAUUGCUUCGAGCUUUGGGGGCCUGCUAUUUCUUACUGCCACUAUGAAGCGUUAUGACGCAACGUACUCUGCCGCUAUGUUUGUUGGCAGCUUUGUGGUCAGCACCAGCCUGAUGAGUUUGGCUCACUAUCAUACUUUUGACCACCUUGGUGGCAUUGUCGAUCUGGUGAUGUAUCCCAUGGGAUUGUUCAUUCUCAUGUUGGGAGUUUCCAUUCUGAUUCAUUGCAGCGGUAGCAGCGUUCCAAACAGGGAUUAUCCGGGAGAUAUCAAUGACCCCAGCCGUGAACCGUUGACGCAAAGAGAUCACUUGGCGGCGGGAGAUGUCGACCAACCGUUUUUCUACGAAGAGCCGGAAACUGAUGAUGAGCCAUCAACUGAAGCUGCGGACAAUCAAGUGGGCACGGAGGACCUUGAAUUGGUGAGUCGAGUCGAUGAGUGGCCAGGGCUUGAUCUCACUAGGCAGCGCUUUACUUCUUCUACGACUUCACAAUCAUCACAACUCACAAACACUCCUUCUGGUUCUCAAUUUCCUCUCAGACAAAAUCGGAAUCUGGGGUUCUAGACAGAACACUUGUGUGAACGAAUGGGUGCUGUGGUUGCUUUUAGGGAUGCCUCUUUUU